AAGUUUCAGAACGAGCCAGUGGUCCACGGACCAUCGUCGCACGACGUAACUUCCGUCAAUAAUAAAUCAUUUGGAAAUUGGUGCUCGGAAGCGAAUAAAACUCGCGCUACGCUCGCCUCAUUUUUUCAUAAUUCCACCUCGUUUUCUGUACGUUUGAAAUAAAAUGCGAUCGAUCUUCGGGAGCGGGAGCAAUCGGGCCGUUAUCUUCCGUGCUCGGACACGCUGCCCGGCUAAUCUUGAAUAAUUUCUUGCCUCUUUAUAUUCCCUUUUUCUUUUAUUCUCAACGCCAUUUUGCCCGAGCUUUUAUUCCGCGAUUCCGCGAGAUUCGAUGGGGAUGCUGCGAUGCCUUGCGGGUCCCUCGUCAAGUUUUCUGGGAGCUCAUCAAACCUGUGAAGUUUUGAGGAAAAAACCUCGUCAAAAAUGAUUUGCCCUUCGAUGAAAGUCGAUUCCGGAGUGCCCUUGGCAGGAUAAAAAGUAGCGAAUAAAUCGGAGAGAGGAAACGAGAAGGAAAAUGAUGGGGCUUCCGGUUUUCUGGCUCUUUGGCUCGAUGUUGAGCAUCUGCAGUGCCAAUCCUGAUGCCAAACGACUGUACGACGAUUUGCUGUCGAAUUACAAUCGAUUGAUUCGACCGGUGACCAACAACACGGACACGGUCAUCGUCAAGCUCGGACUCCGGCUGUCCCAGUUGAUCGAUCUCAAUCUCAAAGACCAAAUCCUGACAACGAACGUUUGGCUGGAACACGAAUGGCAAGAUCACAAAUUCCAGUGGGACCCUUCGGAGUACGGCGGAGUGACGGAGCUCUAUGUCCCCAGCGAGCACAUAUGGUUGCCGGAUAUUGUCCUUUAUAACAAUGCUGAUGGCGAGUACGGUGUGACAACGAUGACAAAAGCGGUUCUCCACCACACGGGAAAAGUAAUGUGGACGCCGCCAGCGAUAUUUAAAUCGUCGUGCGAAAUCGACGUUCGUUAUUUCCCCUUCGAUCAGCAAACUUGUUUCAUGAAAUUCGGAUCCUGGACUUACGACGGUUUUCAGAUCGAUUUGAAGCACAUAAACCAAAAUAUGGGAAACAACAACGUCGAAUUGGGUAUGGAUCUUCGAGAAUACUAUCCGAGCGUGGAAUGGGACAUAUUGAGCGUACCAGCGGAGCGUCACGAGAGAUAUUAUCCGUGUUGCGCGCAGCCGUAUCCGGACAUAUUUUUCAACAUAACUCUCCGUCGUAAAACGUUAUUUUAUACGGUGAAUUUGAUAGUGCCAUGCGUCAGCAUAUCCUAUCUGUCGGUAUUGGCGUUUUAUUUACCGGCCGAUUCCGGUGAGAAAAUAGCACUUUGUAUCAACAUACUGUUGUCGCAAACGAUGUUUUUUCUCUUGAUAUCGGAAAUCAUACCUUCGACAUCGUUGGCGUUACCGUUGCUCGGGAAGUACUUGUUGUUUACGAUGGUACUGGUUGCGCUCUCUGUUGUGAUAACAAUUAUAAUACUAAACGUUCAUUAUCGAAAACCGAGCACCCACAAAAUGGCCCCGUGGGUGCGGAAAAUAUUCAUCAGAAGAUUACCGAAGUUAUUACUGAUGAGGGUCCCGGACGAUCUGCUCAAUGAUCUUGCAGCUCACAAGAUCCACGGGAGGGGGGGUGGUCGUACCGGAAGCAAAAAGAGCAAAUUCGAUGCCGCCAUUUCGGCGGCUGUUCAAUCACAGUCCCUCGUUUCGUCACCGGAGUCGGACCGACGCCAGAGAAUCGAUGGCUGCAACGGUCUCCACACGACGUCGGCUCACAACAGAUUUCUCGGGGGCAUGGGCGGCUACAACGGUCUUCCAACUGUAAUGUCAGGUCUCGAUGAGUCAAUGAGUGACGUAACCCCGAAAAAAAAGUAUCCAUUCGAGCUCGAGAAGGCGUUGCACAAUGUCAUGUUCAUCCAGCAUCAUAUACAACGUCAGGAUGAAUUUAACGCGGAGGAUCAGGACUGGGGUUUCGUCGCGAUGGUUCUCGACCGACUCUUCCUCUACAUAUUCAUCGUGGCAUCGCUGUUCGGCACUUUCACGAUACUCGGGGAAGCCCCGACCUUCUACGACGACACGAAGCCAAUCGAUAUGGAGCUUUCCUUGGUAGCGAAACAACAGUUCCUACCGCACAAAGGGGCUCCUUCCCUUCCGAGCAACUUUCCGGGCAUUUAAAUUUACGCAAAAAACAAAACUCUACACGUAAGUUCGAAGCUGAACCGCAGUCCGGAACGAUGGUCAAGGAAACUUGAGAUUUGACUCGAGUUCGAGUCACAAGACUCGAGUCAAAACUCAAGUGCAGAGCCGAGUCAAGAUCCAAUUACUCGAGUGAAAAUUUCAAACGAGAAACAAGCACAAACUCAACUUCAUCUUGACUCAAAAUAUCCAACCGUCGUUUUCGGCUUAACAAAUUAUACAAAAUAGCAGAAUCGUGCCAACGUAUUCUCAGGCCGAUCGUCUCUUUUCUAUCUUCGAAUCAAAUAUAACGAUAAAUACGAUUGAAUAUUCGAAACGCAAUUAAAAAACGAACUAACUCUUAUGAAUAAUCAAAUAAUAACCAAAUCCUCGAGCCACGAAUCUUUAUCGAUUGCUAAAACUUUCAUUCGAAUCGUAAACUGCCCAUCGGUAACUUAGAGAUCGUCGAUCAACUAACUUUACACACCCUCGAGAGUUACGUUUCUUGCAAAAGCUUCGUUACCACCGACCGGUAACGAGGCCUGUUCCAGUAAAUACUCCGCUUCUCAUCAUACGAUAUAUUAAUUUAUUACGAAUAAACGAGUGUAAACCAACGUAAAAUAACGAAAAAUUAAAAAUUUUAUCAACUAAAUAAAAUCAAUGCCAACUCCAAA